GUAUGACGUGGCUCUUUUUCACUGGCCACCUCUCUCUCUCAUCCUGAUUCUUUGCUUUCUUCACAAAAAAAGUCCAACCGUAAAUUUCCUACCACCGUACCUUAUUUUCUCUCCAGUUUCCUGCACUUUCUCUCUCCCCAAACAUAACUUCACUCUUACUACUGCAGAAGCACAGUUUUCGUCCUUGGUAACCACAAAUAUUCCAACUGGAAGAGAAAUUUCAAAACUUUACCAAGGUCAUUUCUGGAACAAUAAUUCUGUAGCAGACAAUGUCGGCCCCACCGCGAGUCCGGUCGAUGAACAUUACAGAACCGGAGAACAAGGCACCACAAAAGCCGGUAAAGAAAGCUGAGAAACCUCAGCAGCAGCAAGACAUUGAGUCCAAGGACAAGAAACAUGGGAAAGUGGCGUCGGCUGUUUUGCGACAAAAGUCGAUGAAUGGAUCGUGCUCCUCAGACGCCUCGUCUGAUUCUUCGCACAGCCGGGCAUCGUCCUCGUCCUCGCUUUCUGUUCGGUCAUGGUCGAGUGGGAAAAUGGCGGUGGCGGCACGGAGGAACGGAGUGGUAAGGAGAAAGCAAUGUGAAGUAAGAAUUGACAAAGAGGCGAAAACCGGCGGUGAUGAUGAUAGUGUGGUGGUGGAGAGUGGCAAUGUGCUUAGCGGAAAUAGUGGACUACUGGAUGCAGCUGAUCGGUCGGAAAUAAAGAAAAGGUGCGGUUGGGUUACACCCAGUACUGAUCCAUGCUAUGCAGCUUUCCAUGAUGAAGAAUGGGGAGUACAGGUCCAUGAUGACAAGAAACUGUUUGAACUGCUAUGUCUCUCAGGUGCUUUGGCUGAACUUACUUGGCCUGCCAUUCUCAACAGAAGGCACAUAUUCAGGGAAGUAUUUUUGGACUUUGACCCGUUUGCUGUUUCAAAAUUAAAUGACAAAAAGAUAGCUGUGCAAGGAAGUCCUGCCAGCUCAUUACUAUCAGAAAUAAAGCUGCGAUCCAUCAUUGAAAAUGCGCAUCAAAUGUGCAAGGUCAUAGAUGAGUUUGGGUCUUUUGACAAAUAUAUCUGGAGCUUUGUAAACUAUAAACCCAUAGUUAACCAAUUCCGACACUGCCGUCAAGUUCCAGUCAAGACCCCAAAAGCAGACAUCAUGAGCAAAGAUCUAGUAAGAAGAGGAUUUCGUUGUGUGGGGCCAACAGUCAUGUAUUCAUUCAUGCAAGCGGCUGGAUUGACAAAUGACCAUCUCAUCAGUUGCUUCAGAUUCCAGGAGUGUGUUACUGGGAGACAAGUAAAGGAAAAGGAUGCGAGUCUAAAGCCAAAUACUGACAAGAAAGAACGCAUGGAUCCAAUCGAUAUGGGAAGAUAAGUGCUAUGGAUGAGUAUAGUUCCUCAAAAUAACCACGUCAAGGUCGAUUAUCUGUUCUGUGUAAUUUUUGUAUAAAUAGUUACCACUACUGCUGGAAGUCAAGCUCUCUGUUUUUCAUUUUGGUAUGUAAUUACUUAUUUGAAUUGAUGUGACUGUAAGAUGCAAGCAUUAUUUUGUUCGAUCAAGUGAGAAUACGUUGAAAGAUUCUUCGAGAAAAUAUACCUCAAAAUGAAAAUCUGUCUAUGUAUUA